AUGUCCUCCCUUUCAGUGUUCAUGGAUGUGCCCCUAGCCCAGAAGCUAGAAGGCAGCUUGUUAAAGACCUACAAAAAAGACGAUUGCCCUAACAAGAUAUUCCUGGCCUAUAAAGUCUGCAUGACCAAUGAAGGCCGACCCUGGGUUUCUUCCGUGGUGCACAAGAUUCGACUGCAGAUCUCACAGGACCCCUCCUUGAACUAUGAGUACAUACCGGUGAUGGGCAUGAAAUCAUUCCUCCAGGCCUCCCUGGAACUCCUCUUUGGAAAGCACAGCCAAGUGAUUGUGGAGAACAGGGGAGGGUGUGUGCACACUGUGGGUGACAGUGGUGCCUUCCAACUUGGCGCCCAGUUCCUCAAAACUUGGCGUCAGGAUUCUCAAAUAGUUUACAUCAUUUCUUCUCAAAAAGAACCGCAUGGACUUAUCUUCCAGGACAUGGGCUUUACAGUUUAUGAAUACUCCUUCUGGGACUCCAAGCGGCUGUGCCUAGACCCCAACAUCCUCCUCAGUGUGGCAGAGCAGGCCCCACAUGGCUGUGUCUUUGUGAUCGGGAACAUUGGCAACUGCAAGUUGACACAAAGUCAGUGGGCAAAGUUGAUGGCCACCAUGAAGAGCAAGCAGAUAUUCCCAUUUUUUGACAUUCCCUAUCAAGGUUUAUCCACGGGUGACCUGGAAGAAGAUACUAAGUUCUUACAAUACUUUGUGUCUCAAGGCUUUGAGUUCUUCUGCAGCCAGUCUCUGUCUAAGAAUUUUGGCAUUUAUGAUGAAGGAGUGGGGAUCCUAGUCGUGGUGGCACUCAACAACCAGCUCCUGCUGUGUGUCCUCUCCCAGCUGACGAACUUCGCCCGGGCCCUGUGGCUCAACCCUCCUACCACGGGUGCUCGCAUUAUCACCUCCAUCCUCUGUAACCCUGCUCUGCAGGGAGAAUGGAAGCAGAGUCUGAAAGGGGUUGUAGAGAACAUCAUGAUGAUCAAGGAAAAGGUGAAGGAGAAGCUCAGGCUCCUGGGGACUCCUGGCUCCUGGGAUCACAUCACUAAACAGAAUGGGACCCAUAACUAUCUGGGACUCAACCCCCAACAGGUGGAAUACCUGAUCAAGAGAAAGCAUAUUUACAUCCCCAAGAAUGGUCGUAUCAACUUCAGCUGUAUCAAUGCCUAUAACAUAGAUUACAUCACUCAGAGCAUCAAUGAGGCUGUCCGCUUCACAAAGGCCUCAGGGAAUGUCUUCAGAAGUAAAUGA